AUGAAACGCUGUCUGGUCCCCGAUAUAGACUCCAAUGUAGACCAGGAGCAGAUGCUGCGGCCAACGCCCAGCUCACGGCGGGCAAGGGCGGCCGCAGCUGCCGCCGCGCAGCACGCUGGCCUGCUCACUGUCGUUGAAACGCUGGACAAGGCGGUCCUGGUGGAGCUCGUCAUGAAGCUGGCGGAGCGCAAGGACAUGCGGGCGCGCGUGAUGCGCUUCUUGGAGGACGCGGCCGCGAGCGGCACCGGCCCGGCCCUGCCGGACGACAUGGUGGCAGCGGCGUUUGAGGAGGAGCUGGGAGCCGCUGUGGCGCAGGUGCACAAGGAGGCAGAGGCGCGCUGCUGCGGCAAAGCGCACUUGAUUGAUGAGGGAAGCGGCACGGUGGCGGUCGUCGCACGCUUUGUGGGUGAACGUGUGGUGUGUGUGGCGCCAGGCACGCUACAGCUGACCAUGCUCCUGGCGGCGCGAAAGGCGAUCGGGAACUUUGACCUUGAAGGAAAGAAUUACGACGUCAACAUCCUGGGCAGCAACACCCUCACGCGGAUGGACGGCAUGGCUUGCGCGUGCGUGGCUGCGCUUGCGGAGCGGCGCAGCGAGGCCGCCGUGCGGGCUCUGUUGACGGACGUGGCGGAGUGCUUCACGACCGACAGCCUGAAGAGAUACCAGGACUACGGCUGCUUUACUCGCGUAAAAGCGAUGGGUGCAGGCGGCUGCGCCGCGGCGCUGAUUGCGUGA